GCCACACACCUAACACUCCUCGAAGACAGUGAAAGAGCUAGAAGCGCUCGUGGUUGCAGACUCCAAAAUACCGCCGUUUUUGGAAGACGGGGAGGCCGUUUCCGCCUGCCAGGGGAGGAGGGCUCUCGCAGGACGCCUCUUUCUCCCCAGCAGCCACGACGCGCAUAGCUCCGGGGACAGGGCGGCCGUGACGGAGGGUCCGGUGGGCUGCGGGCAGGAGGGCGGCGGCCAUUCGCCCCUCUAGGCCUCGGGGUCAUGAAUACCGGGCGUCUGUCUGGGACGAGCGGCAGCAAGAUCGCCGAUGGGCCUGGCACGCUCGACGCGCGUUCCGCUUCCGUGGGCCGCGCGGCUGGGCGAGUGCGAAGAGGGGCUCGGCGGGCUCUCGGCGUUGCGACCUCCCGGUGCCCACGCAGCCAUCUUGCCGCCCCUCCUCGCGCUCUCAAAAUGGCCUCCCGGGCCUGCGGCGCCCUUCCCUCCUCCCUCCCCAGCCCCCGGCGCCCCGUGGGCGCCUCCCCCAACCCCGCGCCCGCGCUCUGGGGCUUGCGGGGAAGACCUUCCAGGCCCGAUGCCGGCUCUGGGCGGCGGGCGCUUCGGGUUGCGAAGGCCGUAGGCCCAGGCGGUGCCCUAGUGUAGACGAGGUGUGAAUGCUUGGAGACGACUCUUGCCCCAGGCUCUCGCCGCACCGCGGCUUCCGAGUUCGUGCCUGUUGUUACAGUUUCCCGAGCUCUGGGUGGAGGGCGCGGGCCCAGGCCCUGAUCCUGCGCCGGCGGGAAGCGGCCGCUCCACUCCCAGCCGAGGCUCCAGCCACCGAGCGCCUCAGGCCCCGCGAACGCCGGGUGUCCGAGCAGCCGCCUCCUGUGCUAGAACCGCCAGAGCCGCCAUUUACUUUGCGCCCACUGUGUGCUACACGCCGUGCUCUGCCAAAUUAUGUUACAGCGCACAACAAGCCAGCAGUCACACUUCCAACCAGGAUGCCGCUGGGGCAAGUGAAGGGAGCGAGCUGGAGCUCGGGAAAUGGAGAACCUAGAGGUUCUCACCUGCGACCCAGCCAUCGCAUCGCGGAGAGCCUACGCGAGACCGCCCUGGGACAACCCUGGCUGCUCCGGACAGCGCCGCUGGUGAAUCCUGAGAUUCGAAACCUUCCAGAGCUGGAACCCCACCCCAUUUUCCGCAAGCGACAGCUGUUAGAAAUGUUGUACCCCAAGCUAACAUGGGCCUCCCGGCAGCACCCCCUUGGUUCCCAGCCCCAGACCUCUUGGCAAAGUAGGUCAGUCCUUCAAAUCUCUGAAGACACUUCUAUGUUCCCUUCCCCAGGCAGCCAAGCUGGGAACUUUGCACCUAUCUGCAAUCCCGCUCCACAAGCCUUUCUUCGGGGUCUGGAUUCUUCUCCCACUUCAGGCCCAGUGUGUAUGGCAUGCGCUGGGGAGGAGGGCUGCUGGGAGGAGAGCAGUGGGUCCUCUGUCCUUCUGUGGGAUUUUCGUAUGUAUUGGGGUGUUCACUGUCUCCAGCAGGUGGAAUUUUGAACUUCAGUUCCAGACAUUUAUAUGCAUCACUUGCCCCAGCCUGGAGAAAAGAGCUGCCAUUUGCUCAGUGCCCACUGUAUGCCAGGCACUUUAUUUGUAUAUUUUACUUAAUUCCCACAUGACCCUUGGAGGUAUGGGUACUAUUGUCCCCUUUUCACCCAGAGGUGCAUGUAACUUGUCAAGGAUACAGAGUUGGAAAGGCCAAAGCAUGCAAAAGAACUGAGCCACAGGCACGAGCAUCCCUCCAGCCCCCAGCUGCUGCCCUUCUGGAAUCUGGAUGCCAGUUUAUCAACCUGGUCCUGGAUAGUCCUGGGUCUUCUACCCUAGUGACCCAAAUCAGGAAUUGUCACCUGCAGAGGCAGAAGAGGCCACAGAGGUAUGCCAGUCCUCCUGCUCUCCCGAUGACCAGUGACAGAGAAUUUCUGCAGCCCUUCAGGGAAACCCAGAAACGUUUCCACCCCUCUUUUGCAUAGGUCCAGAAUCUUGAGGGAACCUGGUGACAUGUCACACUGUCCAGUAAUUCACUCCCAAUUUUAAAAAUCCUAGUCUACAAAGUCCAAGAAAUGGGUGACCUCUCAUUAUCAGGGUAAUUCAAGCAGAAGAGAAUGAGAUGCAUUGUCAGGGAGGGCUUGAUAUUUUUACACACAGCCCCAGUGGAGACCUAAGGAGAUUCAGGAGCUAAAGAAAGCAUUUUGAGGAGACGCUCCUCUCAAGUUCCCCACAAGGGAUUGCAUCCCAACUCAUAUUCAGGCAGGAAGCCCUAGCUUUCCCAGCCUCCAUUCUUGAGAGGUGCUUUUUCUUUAAAUGACGUUAAUGUGACAUUGUUUCUUCUUUUUCAAUGAAACCUCUGUAAGAGACAACCUCCAUUAAAAAAAAAAAAAUGAUGUCCAUUGGGCCUGAUGUGAAAGAAAUAAAAAGCAAAAGUAAAGAAAAAAAUCGUUUUGUUUUUUUUUUUUUAAGAGGGACAAGGACACAGCCCCCACCUGUGGGAUGCCUGAGAUGGAAGAUGGCAGCUGCAGUUGAGAUGGGUAGGUACCAGCAGACUUGGGAGACAUCAGGACUAGGUGUAAUGGGGAGGACAAGGGUCUGAAGCCACAGUCUCCAGACGGCAGAGGAGAGAGGCCUUUCAGAAAACAAACCCAGGUUGAUGAUGUAAGACCAGCCUACCUAGGAGGUUGGCCAUGGUGCCCAAACCCCAUUCCCACUCCAUCUUCCAAGUCCAUCUCUACCCCAGCAAGAGAGAUAAGGCAUGAGACAUGCCACCCUUACAGUUCUGCAAAACACAAAGAGCCGGGAUUUGUCCAGAGAGAAAAAUGCAGCUCCACUCCUAGCACCCCCUAAUUCAUGGGGGGAGCAAAAACUAGGUUGCAAACUGAGGGGGUGGGGACAGUGAGGCUGACCAGUGAGGGGCUCCAAUGUCUGUGCAGAUGGAAGCUGAAAGGAAGUUCUAAUUAGCACAAAGCCAGCACCUUCCAUUAAUAGCUCACCACAGCUCCUGGAUGCCGCUGAAGGCAGCCAAGUUGGAAUGUGUGAGGCUCACCUGUCCCCAGCUCAUUAACAGACCUCGGGCAAGAACAGGGCUCUCCUGGAGGAAGACCAGCCCACACCAGCUCCCCCAGUCAAAAAAAAAAAAAAAAAAUCUAAUGACAGGUUUGACUUCUGGACCCAUCCAAGGGGACAGUGUUUAACACAAGUCCAGUGCUCCUAGACACACGCUCAGCCUGGCUGAGCGCUCCCUCCAGGAUAGUGCUCCCUCCAGACUUGAAAUAAAUUCUUUUUUAAAAAGCCCUGACAUACAUUUCAUUUAUAUGAAACUCUAGAUUGGCAAAACUGAUCUAUGGUAGGAGACAUUGGAAUGGGGACUGACAGGGAUUGACUGUGAGAGGUAGGAAAGAAGUUUUCGGAAUGCAGGAAAUGAGGUUUAUCUUGGGUGUUGGUUGCAUGGGUAUAAACGCAUUUGUAGAACCCACAGAACUGUACACCUAUGAUCUAUUUCUAGAUGUGAAUUAUACCUCUAUUAAUA